AUGCAAUUUGACUUAAUUAGAGCUGGACUCAUUUUGGUUGGGGUACAAUUGCUGAGUAACGUUUCGGGUGUGCCAGUUGAUGGUCCAAGUCAGGAUGGAAAUCUGCAAAAGUUUAAGGGUCAAAUUGGGGCUCCAGCCCCCGCGGUAACCAUCGGUGGGCGUGGAUUUCUGGUCGCGCUCCCUAAAGGUCCACCUGCCGAGUAUACCGACGUAGCGGGAGCUCUUUCUAGAUCUUGUGACGUGCAGAAAAAUCUUUGCGCAAAUUUUGUUAAUGGUGGUAAGGGUGGUAAGGGUGAUAAAAAACUAAGCGUUUCAGAUUGUGAAGCUCAGUACUCCGAUUGCAUGAAAUCUCCUACAAACCCAUCAAAAAGCAAUACCGACCAGGCGGCCCAAGUUCCGGUUACCUCCAACAAGUUGAUUGCCAACGAAACCAAACUGGUAGAGGCAGUGAAUACAGAACCACCGAGCACAGCUUCCACGAACACAACUUCCACAACCUCAGACACAACUGCGGUAUCCACAAACACCACUUCAGCAGUGACGGCAGGCACAAGUGUGGCAGCCACAGAUACAACUACCUCUCCCGCAAAUAUCACCACUUCUCCCGCAGACACAGCUACCCCUCCCACAAACAUUACCACGACUCCCACAGAUACUACUACACCUCCUGCAGACACAGCUACACCCCCUGCAGACACAGCUACACCUCCUGCAGAAAUCACUGCUCAACCCACCAACACAACCACUCUUCCCAAGGACACAAACACUCCAUCUGCCGACACAAACACUCCUCUUAAGGACACCACCACACCUCCCAAAGAGACAACUGACCCUCCAGCAAACGCUACCACUCCAUCCACAGACAAAUCCACACCGCCGGCAAAUGCUACCACUCCUCCCACAGAGACAAAUAACCCUCCUGCAAAUGCUACCAUUCCAUCCACGGAAAAAUCCACCCCGCCGGUAAAUGCCACUACUCCACCUGCAGACACAUCCACCCCUCCUAAAGACACAGUCACUCCAUCUAAAGACAACACUCCUCCUGCAAACACAACUAACACUACCCCAGGAAGUCAGACUAGUGAAGGAAAUUUCCAAACAUUUACUGGUGCACUUGGAAACAUUCCAGCACCAAAGGUAGUAAAGAAUGGCAACAAAUUUGAUGUCCUUAAGGCAAAGGGGGGCAAGGCAACAUUGAAUGCCUUGAAGAACGCGAUCGUGCGUUCUUGUGAUGUACAAUUCAAUGCUUGUGCAGACGCAUUCAACCUUAACAAAACGCCUGGGACAAGCUUGGACGCUUGCGGAAAGCAAAAGACUGACUGCCUUGCAACUGUUGAUGAGUCUGUGAAGAAAGCGGGAGAUACAACCGCAUCACCAAGUGGCAAUCCAAGUACUCCAAACACUACUCCAAGUACUCCAGAUACUACACCACCUACUACAUCCACCCCGCCCACAAACACAACUACCCCAUCCCCAAACACAAAUCCUCCUCCAACACAGUCUACUGAAGGAAAUCUUCAAACAUUUACUGGGGCCCUUGGAGGUAUUCCACCGCCAAAGGUUGUAAAGGGCGAAAAGAAAUUUGAUGUAAUCAAAGCAGAUGGAAGUAAGGCGACUCUUGGUAGCUUGAAGAACGCACUUGUACGUUCUUGUGAUGUGCAGUUCAACAAGUGUGCAGACGCCUUCAACCUCAAGAAAACUCCUGGAACAAGCCUAGACGCCUGUGGAAAGCAAAAAUCUGAUUGCAUAGCCUCGACCGAUGAGUCUGUCAAGAAAGCGGGAGAUACGACUUCGUCAUCGACUAGCACUUCAAGUACUACUCCCACCAAUCCUCCAUCUAAUGCUACUACUACCCCAAUCAACGCAAGUAACCCUCCCACCAACACGGCGACUCCACCCACCAACACGGCGACUCCACCCACCAACACGACCUCACCUACAGACAAAAAUCCUGCGCCAAAUGCCUCUACUGAAGGAAACCUUCAAACAUUUACUGGUGCGCUUGGAGGCAUCUCACCGCCAAAGGUAGUAAAGGGCGACAAGACAUUUGAUGUCAUCAAAAAAGCUGGAGGUAAGGCAACUUUGAAUACUUUGAGGGACGCGCUUGUACGCUCUUGUGAUGCCCAAUUCAAUGCCUGUGCGGACGCCUUCAACCUUAAGAAAACUCCCGGCACAAGCUUAGAGACAUGUGGAAAACAAAAAACUGAUUGCACAGCAACAGUUGAUGAGUCUGUUAAGAAAGCGGGAGAUGCGAAAGCCUGA